AUGGUAAAAUUUAUUUGGAUCCUUUUCUCCGACAAGGAAUCUCUGUGGUGCCGUUGGAUCCACUCCAUCUUCUUAUCCAAGAGGAACUUCUGGAAUGCACCUCAACCUAGAGUAUGCUCCUGGUCUUGGAAGAAAAUUCUCCAGCUUAGAGGUAACUUUCGAAGCUCCUUUAGAUGGAAGGUUGGUAAUGGUUUCUCUGUGUCCCUUUGGCAUGACUAUUGGUUGUCGUGUGGCCCUCUUGAUUCAUUUGUGCCUCCAUCGUUCAAAACCGCUCUUCAUAUUCCUGAUAAUGCGGUGGUUGCUGAUUUAUUUUCGCCGUUAGGCCAGUCCUUUAAGGAGUUCUUACUGAGAUGGGGUAUAUCCCUCCCGAACUUGUCUUUAAGUAAUGACAGAUUUAUAUGGUGCGGUCAUCCAUCGGGCAUCUUCUCGGUUGGAUCUACUUGGAAUGUUAUUAGGAGUAAGAAAACUCCGGUUAACUGGGCUCCUCUGAUUUGGGACAAUGCCAUUGUUCCUCGGUACCAGUUCAUCCUCUGGCUUAUCGUGAAGAAUCAGCUUCCCACGCAGAGUAUGCUUCUGUCCUAUGGACGCAUUAACUUCAGUGUAUGUGCAUUCUGCAGCGAAGUCCCUGAUUCUAGAGACCAUCUCUUCUUCGGAUGUCGCAGCUCGACUUCUCUGGCCUUCUUUUGGGCCGCCAGAUGCAACCUUCCUUGGAGAAAUCAAUGCUGGAGUGAGGUACUCUCUUGGGCUCGAAAGUUCCUAACUGGAAAUGAUUUCUAUCAUAGAAUUGUCCGGUUCUCCUUCGGGACCCUUUGUCAUCUCAUUUGGAAGAAGAGGAAUGCAAUCAUCUUCAGAGGUGAAUCCCCUGUCGUUCUGGCGCUCAAAAACCACCUAAUUAAGGUGGUUAAGGACAAGGUUAGUACCUUUAAGAAUGUCGAUCCUGCUCCGAGGAACAAGCGGCUUCAGAGAGGAUGGGGCUUUGAUCCGGCGGUCUUCUCCUCGGUCUCCUGUUGA